UCACCAAAAAAGACUAGCCUUUCUUUCAGCUGCGUUUUAUAUGUAUGUGCCGGUGCUGUUAGUACCCGGCUGUGUAACUUGAUAGGGGGCAUCGAGAGGGAUAAGGGAAUGUUGAGUUGCAAUGGAGCAGAGUGCGAUACAGUGGUUAGGUGCUCCCAGCUGCCUUCGGGGCUCCUUUGCCUUUUACAAGUCGGUGAGUUGCAGGCAGGAGUCAGGGGCUCCUUCUCAGGUCUGGAAGCUCGGAGAGUUCUACUUCAUCCGCUGUGGCCCUCAGGAGCCCGUGUGCAUAGCAGAGGUCACAUUACUGUGGGAAGAUCAGACACAGCGCCUCCUGCUGGCCAGUUCUAGACUGUACUUCUUACCUGAAGACACCCCAAAAGGCAGAGCGGUGGAGCACGGAGAGGAUGAAGUCCUCGCUGUGUCGAGAAAGAUUGUUGUGAGAGUGGAGGAUCUGGUAAAGUGGACCUGUCAGGAACCGCUACAGUGGAAGCGCAGCAGUCAAAACGUUCAUGGGCCUCAAAAGACUGACUCACAAGAUGCUAUUUAUCCACAGGGAGGGAAAAGUGAGAGUAAUGAUGAGUCGACUGCAGUACAGCAGAAGGUUAAAGUUCUUAGUUACCCUCAGUAUUGCCGCUUCCGUUCCCUGCAGAGACGUGUCCCGGAUCAGGCCUGCUGCGCUGGUCUGCAGGACCCUCACCUGCUAGCUCUGGGGGGCAUUAAAGUGGCCCUCAACAACACACGGGUCCUCUAUUGUCGAGAUACCUUCAACCACCCUACUCUAGACAGCAAUGCUAGCAUACUGACACAGAUUGGAUGUUCCUCUCUGAGUCUGAAGGGGCGACCUCGUAAAAGAAGAGGGGAUGGCUCUGAACAACAAAACCAUAACCAUUUAUCAGAGUCAUGGAUGGAAAGGAUGAAGGAAAAUGUGAUGGGCAGUGUAGAAAUGCACUGGGAUGGUAACUGGCUCCCACACCCAGAGGAGCAGCUCUUCCUGGAUCAGCUACAUCUCUUUAUGGAGCGCAGGGGUUCCCCCAUAAGCAAAGUUCCCAAUCUGGGUUUCAAAAAGAUCGACCUGUUCGUCAUGUAUUCAGUUGUGAAAAGGCUGGGAGGCUAUGAGAGGGUUACAUCGAAGCGUUUGUGGAAGGCUGUGUACAAUGAGCUGGGUGGAAGUCCAGGCAGCACCAGCGCUGCCACCUGCACCAGGAGGCAUUAUGAAAGGUUGAUGCUCCCUUAUGAAAAACAUAUAAGGGGAGAAAACUCAGAACUUAGCAAGCCCAUAGCUACACCAGUUUCACCCACCACCAUCAAAAAGUCUGUAAGGGGAAAAGGGUUGUCAGCCAGCUCAAAAAAGAAUGGGGUCACUAACCAGGCUUCACCACCAGAUGGUGUUGUUGUACGUAAAAGAGGACGACCACCUGGCAAGCGGAAUGCUAAAGUUCUGCCAAAAGGCAGAGUUGGAAGACCACCCUUGUACCCCAAACCUCUCCCUGAGACCACAGCAAGACCCCAUCAGGAGCUCCAGCCACUGUCUGUUUUCCAGGAAAUAAAGCUUAGUAACCACCAUCAUGUCCACGGUCUAUCCCCCAUGUCCUCUUCCCCUGUGACCCACCAACUCGUACUUGGACAAGAUGUGAAGGUGGAGACCGUAGAACCUCAAGUACCCUCAUUUAUGUCUGCUCCGGUCAAGAUGAUGGCAGGUGGUUCCCUGGAUGGAUUCAGUCCCACCAAAGGACUGUGUCCGUUGGACCUCUUCCGAGCCCGCCUGGGCCUCAGUGGAAUGAGCAAUCAUGAGGUAACUCCUCAAGAUUCUUCCACACCCCACCAGACAAUUAUAGUCCAUCAGCCCAAAGUCAGCACGCCUGAGACCCCUGAGAACCUUCAGCACCAGUGUUCAGGGUGUAGCUUGGAUACCUCAUCCCAGAAUGGAGGUCUCGCAAUGACCAGAGCUCCCUUGCCACCUCUCAGGAUCCUUCCGCUCAACAUUGGCUGCAGUCUGCAGUUGCGUCAACUGAUGCGCACACGCCUUGGGUCAGUACACAUGAACUCGUUCACUAAGCGACUCUCAGAGGUUCUGGCACAGGAUCUUAGCAAGACCUCUCAACCUAACGGAAACCCCCUCGGGAUUCCUCAAGAGCAAUCGCUCCCACUCAACCUGAGCAAAAGAACCAUCACCAAGAGGUCUGCUGGAGACAUGGAGCUGCAAAACUGGGAAGUGCAGUCAAUGACCAAGAAGCUAAAGGCGGAACCUGAGGUUCAUGGUGUGUCGCUGAAGUGGAAUGGCACGUCCCUGCUGGUUCCAAUGACCCAAGAUGAGCCGGCUGACCUUAGUUCUCCCUGCAGGGCCAGAGCUCUGUAUCAAGACAGGACAAGUGUGGCUCUGAAUCUCCCCGAAGCCACUUGUUUCUCUUUAAUGCCCAAACCGGAAGUCCCCUCUGAAAAGCCCUCCAGUAUGGGUGCUUCUCCAGAAACCCUACCUUGCAUUUAUCCUUUGAAACAAGGCGAAGACAAGGCCAGUAUGAUCGCAAUGACAAUUAAGAAUGAACCAGAGAUUACAUCUUUGGAUCCAGAUCUAGAACCUCAAUCAAACCAUGACCUCUAUUCUCAACGUAUACCUACUGAUGAUGUCAAAGUUGAGUCGGACACAGUUUCCUCUCUCAAAGUACUCUCUAGUUCACUCCUUUCAAAGCCAUCACAAAGUUGUUAGCAUGCAGGAAUGGGAGAGCGUGACUGUGACCUGCAUCGCCAACUCUUGACGCUAGGGAAUACUUUGUUUUUCCAUGUGCCGCUCCAUCGAGCACCCAGCCUUUCAAAGUAUACAGUACACUUGACUGCAAGCCCAUACGGAUGUUUUAGACGCUUGUGCACUAUGACUGCUUUGUGAUACUCUUUUAUAACAGUCAUCAUUAGGCUCAUGCGCAGAUGUCACGCAAAAACAUAGGCUGUCCGCGUGUCUACAAAAACUAGGCUGUACGCAGACAGUCCGCACUUACUCUGCUGAUUAUGAAAUUCUCAGUCGGUACUGCGGAAAACCAAAGUAUACUCUGGCCUUAUGUUCUUUAACACUCCUUUCUCUUCUGCCAUUCUUAUGAUUGACAGCACGUUUGUGUUGCGUAUGAUCAAAGAGACUGUUCCUGCAGAUGCAUUGUUAUCUGCUCAGUACCUGCUUUUAAAACACUACUAAACUUUGAACUGAUGCAGGUGUUCAACCAAAGAUAAUGUGCCUUGUACAACUUGAUUACUUGAGUCUGCAUUUAAGUGCAAACAAAUGCUGUAGGUAGUGGAUCAUCAAGUGGCCAGCCAAUAAAGGGCGUUUUAUAUCAUCAUUCUAGCCUCAAUGUAGAAGAUUUGGUGAGCCACUGUAUUUUUUAAUGCUCAAAAAUGCUUUGUAUUUUAACAGCCUUCUUAAUUUGUGAAAUCGCAGUGUCAUUUUGUGGGUGUAGGUCAUAUUUGCAGUUAUUGUUUAUCUGUUCCACUCCUUAAGAUGGCAUUGAUUUCUUGAGAUUUAUCUCAAUUUUAAUUUAAUGUUCUUUAGCAGCGUGGGUUUUCUCCUUUUUUUUGUGUGUAUUUUGUGUCUUCACUAUUUAAGAUAUGGACACAAGGUCACCUCUCUGCUGGAUCCUACCGUAUUUUCCUAGCUACUUGUUUUAAAACUGUACUGUACUGUUUGUAAAUUAUGUGCAUAUUUUGGGUCCCAAUGGAAAUUUACAUUUUUUUUUUUUUCUUUUUAAAAUUGCAUUAUAGUCUCAUAUUGUAGCUAAUUAAUUUUGGUUUUCCUGAUAAACAAUUGGAUGGUUUUCCAUAUACUUCAAUGAUGUGUUGACAGAGAGACUGAUGUAGAAACACAUAUUGUGAGGAAAUGGUUAACUUAAUUUGCUUUUCACUCCUUGCAGACAGACCUCUCUUAAUGCAAUAUAUUUCACAGGUUUACAGAUGAUAAGUUAUUUUUAAUAAUUUACAAUCAAUUUCCUAUAAUGAACAGUAAUUAAUUCCUUGUGUAAAGCACAAUUUAUGGUCCUUCUUUAUUAAUCUAUUGGUCUUAUUUUUUCUUCUAAUAAUUUCUGUACUUGAAAGUCAGCCAAACAGAACGCUAAUCCUUAUUUAAUGGUGUAUUUAACUGUCAUAGUACCACCAGGUUACAAAAAGUAUUUUUUCCUUAUUUUGCAUGCAUAUGCUAAUGAAACAUGGGCUCUGUGACAGAUUGUCAUUGCAGAUACAUGUUUACACACUGAAUAUUUAUAAUUAAAAAAGAAAAUGCUAUUCUGA